UUGGGGGAAAACCAAGACCACUAACUUUCCUGUCUCACCAACCAAUUUCAUGAAAAUGACCAACUUAUUUUGGUCCAAAUAGUCUUCAUUUUGACCACAUAUGAGUUUGCUAUAUAUACUCCAUAUCAUUUGGGUGACUCAACAUCAUCCUCAUCAACUCAACUUCUUUUCUUCGCUAGCAAACUUAUCAAAAUGGCUUUUGCUAAUGGACAAGCAUUUCUCUUACUUGCAGUAUUGUUCUCAUCCAUGUUUUCCAUUGGACUAGCCAACCAUGACUUCAAUUGGGGUCCUAUAACAUGGAACAAAACCAAUUGCCCUUAUUCUCAUCCCCCAAAUGCCACUCAGACCUCCAAUAAAUUCAUCAUUGGAGGUUCGAAAAAUUGGCAUUAUGGCUUCAACUACAUGGAUUGGGCUCGAAACAAUGGUCCGUUCUUUGUUAAUGACACCUUAGUGUUCAAGUAUGAUCCACCAAAUGUAAAUGGUACUGGAUUUCCACACAGUGUUUAUUUAUUCUCAAAUUAUCGGAGUUUCAUCAAGUGUGAUUUCAGGAGAGCUAAAAGGAUAGCAGAUCCAAGUGAAGGUGCAGGGGAAGGAUUUGAGUUUGUGCUAAAGAAAAUGCAAACUUACUAUUUUGGUUGUGGAGAACACAAAGGAAUCCAUUGCAAGACUGGGAAUAUGAAGUUUGCUGUGAUGCCUCUCAAACAUUGGCGUUUCUAAAAUUGGGAGAUGCAUACUGAUUAGCUACACUUUUAUUUUUAUGAUUUUUGUGUUUUAUUACUUGAAUAAAAUUUAAGCUAAACAUGAAUUGAUUUUAAGUGUAUAAUUUUCAUUUCAAUAAAAAUAUAGUACUUGGGAGUUUUGGAA